AUGGGCACAGGUUGGAGCCAGGGUGACAGCGAUAGUUGGUGCCACAGGCACAGGCGUGGUGGAUGCGGGCACUUUUGGCACGGGUGGGCGCUGCUAGCACGGGCAGACACAAAUGCCGCAAGCGAGGUAGGUGCAUAUAUUGUUAGGGUGUGUGCCGCAGGCACAACGAGCGCUGAUCUGGGUGGCGUGUACGAGGGUGCUUGGGGUAAUAGGCGUUGGGGCUAUACAGGCACCAAAGCGGCGACGACAGUGACGGGCGCUGUGGUGGAGGGCACAAGCACCGGGUCUAGCACGGGCAUCGAGGUAGUGACAGAGGGUGCAGACAGGGCAAAUGGGAGGGCACAUGAGGGGCUGUUAGAAGUUGGGCACCAAGAAGGGGCUCCAGAAGCUGGGUGCUUGAUUUGCAUGAAGAGAGCGAAGAAUGACAAGAUAGAGGCCCCAACCAACGACACGGCGGCUGGCAUGGUGGCGGCGUUACUGGACUGUGCAGGAGCCUGGCUUGGAGCGUCAGCAGCCAUUGCCGCAUUUAUGGAGGCGGCGGCGACGACGAGGGCUGCACAUGCGACCUUCUUCAUUUCCAUGGCGAACGAAGGUGGUGAUCGGCAACUAAACUCAAGAAAGGAGAGAGUAGUUACCGAAUCUUGCCUUUGUGUGUGUGCAGCCUUGAGGAGGGAGGGGGGGGGGGUGUGA